AUGAAUCAUUUUCCAGCGCAAAUUGCGUUUGAUGAAUAUGGUCGUCAGUUUAUUAUUUUACGUGAUCAAGAGAAACAGUCGCGAUUGACUGGAAUAGAGGCUCACAAGUCCCAUAUUCUUGCCGCCAAAUCUGUUUCCAAUGUGAUUAAAACAUCUUUGGGGCCUAAGGGCCUGGACAAGAUGAUGGUUGGGCCUGAUGGUGAUGUGACCAUUACCAAUGAUGGAGCCACCAUCCUGGACCUCAUGGAUGUUGAGCACCAGGUGGCUCGACUGAUGGUCCAGUUGUCCAAGUCACAGGAUGAUGAGAUUGGUGAUGGGACCACUGGUGUUGUGGUUCUGGCUGGCGCUCUCCUGGAACAGGCGGAGAAGCUGCUUGACCGUGGCAUUCACCCUAUCCGCAUCUCUGAUGGUUAUGAAAUGGCCGCCAAGAUUGCUGUAGAAAAACUGGACCAAAUCAGCGAACCUUUCCAGGUUGAUCUGACUGAACGUGAACCUCUAAUUCAGCUGGCCAUGACCACACUUGGCUCUAAAAUUGUGAACAGAUGCCACCGCCAGAUGGCCGAGAUUGCUGUCAAUGCCAUCAUGUCUGUGGCUGACCUGGAGCGCAGGGAUGUGGACUUUGAGCUGAUCAAGGUCGAAGGCAAAGUGGGAGGCAAACUGGAGGACACCAUGCUGGUCAGGGGAGUGGUUGUGGACAAAGAUAUGAGCCAUCCUCAGAUGCCUAAAUUCGUGAAGGAUGCUCGGAUUGCCAUCCUGACUUGUCCAUUUGAGCCACCCAAGCCUAAAACCAAACACAAGUUGGAUGUGACUAGUGUAGAGGACUACCACAAGUUGAGAGACUACGAGAGGGAGAAGUUCGAAUCCAUGGUUGACUUGGUCAAGAGCACAGGUGCCAAUCUGGUGAUCUGCCAGUGGGGAUUUGACGACGAAGCCAAUCAUCUCCUGCUGCAGAAGGAGCUGCCUGCAGUCAGAUGGGUCGGUGGUCCCGAGAUUGAGCUAAUAGCGAUUGCAACUGGGGGUAGAAUAGUCCCACGGUUUGAGGAACUGACCCCUGAAAAGUUGGGCAAAGCUGGGAUUGUACGGGAGCUGUCUUUUGGAACCACCAAGGAGCGAAUGUUGGUGAUUGAGGAGUGCCACAACUCCAGAGCUGUCACCAUCUUCAUUCGUGGAGGCAACAAAAUGAUUGUUGACGAGGCCAAGCGUAGUCUGCAUGAUGCUCUCUGUGUCAUCCGCAACCUGAUCAGGGACAACAGAAUUGUCUAUGGAGGUGGAGCCCCAGAGAUUGCUGCCUCACUGGCUGUACAAGAAGCAGCUGAUAAGAUUUCCACACUUGAACAGUAUGCUGUUCGCUCGUUUGCUGAGGCUUUGGAGAGUAUACCAUUGGCCCUGGCAGAGAACAGUGGGCUGUCCCCCAUUCACACGCUGGCUGAAGUCAAGUCCAGACAAGUGAAGGAAAACAACCCCUUCCUAGGCAUUGAUUGUCUGUACAAGGGAACCAAUGACAUGAAAGUUCAGAAGGUGAUUGAGACUCUGACUGCCAAGAAACAACAGAUCUUGCUGGCAUCACAACUUGUCCGCAUGAUUCUCAAAAUAGAUGACAUUAGAGCACCAACCGACCGCGCCAUGUAA